CCACGCUUCUAAAGUAAAGCGCGACGCUUUCUUGAGGUACGGACUGGAGAAUACCAUGCCAUCGACGCGUUGAGCGCAUUUACGGCUUCAUACGGGCGUUUUGCACAGGACAGUAAAGCGAUAUCUCCGAAUUCGCCUGCGAUACGCACAGAGAGGCUCUACAACACCCAACUGUGGAUGUAACUGUUGCACUUUGAACACAGACAUGAACCACUGAGACAGCAAAAGAAGAAAAAGCCUGGAAUACGCUUGAGGGAAGAGCUUCGUCUCAUUCCCCCCUCCACAUUAGAAGGUUUGGAAUCAUGAGGUCCUUGUGGCUGCUGGUAUUUUCCGUCUCUGUUUUGACCGGGACCAACAUGGCGUUUCCCAUGACUCCUACUGAUGCCCCUGAAGUCUCUGGGAGCUUCAGGGUUAAAGACACGAGCCUCACGCACCUCACCGUGCACCACAAGACUGGCGAGGUGUUCAUCGGCGCGAUAAACCGAGUCUACAGGCUCUCCGCCAAUCUGACCGAAAUGCGCUCGCACCAGACGGGUCCCGUGGAGGACAACGCCAAGUGCUACCCGCCCCCCAGCGUACGACCAUGCACGCAGAAACUGGAAUCCACUGACAACGUCAACAAAUUGCUGCUGGUUGAUUAUGCUGGCAACCGUCUGGUGGCUUGUGGAAGCAUCUGGCAGGGCGUGUGCCAGUUCCUGCGGCUGGAAGAUCUCUUCAAGCUUGGUGAACCACAUCACCGUAAAGAACACUACCUCUCGGGAGCCAAAGAGCCAGAUGGGAUGGCUGGAGUUGUGGUGGGCGAUGACGACGGAGACUUGAAGAAGAAAAAGAAAGGUGACAGCCGCCUCUUCAUUGGCGCCGCCAUCGAUGGCAAAUCUGAGUAUUUCCCAACCCUAUCCAGCCGUAAACUGGUGGCAGAUGAGGAGAAAAUGGAAAUGUUCAGCUUGGUUUACCAAGAUGAGUUUGUGUCCUCUCAAAUCAAGAUACCUUCAGACACCCUGUCUCAAUAUCCCGCAUUCGACAUCUACUACGUUUACGGGUUCUCCAGCCGCACUUACAUCUAUUUCCUCACUUUGCAACUGGAUACCCAGCUCACCCAGGUUGAUGCGACGGGCGAGAAGUUCUUUACCUCAAAAAUCAUCCGGAUGUGCUCCAAUGACACUGAGUUCUACUCCUACGUCGAGUUCCCACUUGGGUGCACCAAGGAUGGCGUGGAAUACCGACUUGUCCAAGCCGCCUACAAGCACCGUCCUGGGAAGAUUCUGGCCCAGGCUCUCGGCCUUUCUGAGGACGAAGAUGUCUUGUUUGUGAUCUUCUCCCAGGGUCAGAAGAACAGGGCUAACCCACCGAGAGAAACAGUGCUGUGCUUCUUCACGCUGCACCAGAUCAACUUGGCCAUGAGAGAGAGGAUCAAGUCGUGUUACCGCGGGGAAGGAAAGCUGUCUCUGCCAUGGUUGCUCAACAAGGAACUGCCUUGUAUUAAUACGCCCAAGCAGAUUGGCGAUGAUUUCUGUGGUCUGGUUCUGAACCAGCCUCUCGGAGGACUGAGGGUCAUUGAGGGCACUCCUCUGUUUGACGACCGCACUGACGGUAUGGCAUCCGUGGCCGCGUACACUUACGGAGGUCAUUCGGUGGUGUUCGUGGGGACUCGCAGUGGCCACCUCAAGAAGAUUCGAGUGGAUGGUAUACCGCCGCCUUCGGAGAACGCUCUGCUGUAUGAGACGGUCCCCGUCGUGGAGGGAAGCCCGAUUCUCCGUGACAUGGUGUUCAGUCCUGAUUAUCAGUACAUCUAUCUGCUGAGCGACAAACAGGUGAGUCGUCUGCCUGUGGAGAGCUGUUCUCAGUACAGCAGCUGUAAGACGUGUCUGGGCUCAGGAGAUCCUCACUGCGGCUGGUGUGUCCUGCAUAACAAGUGCUCCAGAAAGGAAGCCUGUGAGAAGUGGGCCGAGAUGCUUCACUUCAGUAUGGAGCUGAAACACUGUGUCGACAUCACUGUCACUCCUGAUAACAUGUCCGUGACCUCUGCUUCCACACAGCUGAGUGUGAAGGUAGCUAACGUCCCAAACCUCUCCGCUGGGGUGACGUGUGUGUUUGAGGAGCUAACGGAGAGUCCAGGAGAAGUGCUGGCCAACGGACAAAUCCUCUGCAUGUCCCCAUCCCUGCGGGACGUCCCAUCUGUCACCCAGGGAUACGGCGAUAAACGGGUCGUGAAGCUCUCUCUGAAGUCCAAAGAGACGGGUCUCAAAUUCAUCACCACCAAUUUCAUCUUCUACAACUGCAGCGUCUUGCAAUCGUGUUCGUCGUGUGUUAGCAGCCCUUUCCCCUGCAACUGGUGUAAAUAUCGCCACAUCUGCACUAAUAACGUUGCCGAGUGCUCUUUCCAGGAAGGUCGAGUGAGCAGCGCAGAGGGUUGCCCGCAGAUUCUGCCUAGCAGCGACAUCCUGGUACCGGCGGGGAUCAUUCGGCCAAUCACACUGCGAGCUCGGAACUUGCCCCAGCCUCAGUCGGGACAAAAGAACUAUGAGUGCGUCUUUAAAAUCCAGGGCAAAGUCCAGCGUAUUCCCGCGGUCCGUUUUAACAGCUCCUGCAUCCAGUGCCAGAACACUUCGUACUGGUAUGAAGGGAAUGAGAUGGGAGACCUGCCUGUGGAUUUCUCCAUCGUAUGGGACGGUGACUUUCCCAUCGACAAGCCGUCAUCCAUGCGAGAGUAUGGCUAUAUUCUCACUCUCUGUGUGUGUGUGGGCUGGUGUUUGGCCGAUAAGAAGUGUCUCCUGAAGCAACACUGUCCAUCACCCGAACACAACUGGAUGCAUCAGGGACGCCGCAACGUACGCUGCAGCCAUCCCCGAAUCACUAAGAUCCGGCCACUGACGGGGCCGAAGGAGGGCGGCACACGCGUGACCAUCGAAGGAGAGAAUCUGGGGCUGCAGUUUCGAGAGAUCACGCAUGUGCGUGUGGCGGGAGUUCGCUGCAACCCUGCUGCGUCUGAAUACAUCAGCGCUGAGAGGAUCGUGUGUGAUAUGGAGGAAUCUCUGAUGUCGAGUCCCCCUGGUGGUCCGGUGGAGCUGUGUAUCGGUGACUGCAGCGCUGAGUAUCGAACCCAGUCAUCUCAGAUGUACUCUUUUGUGACUCCGAGUUUUAACCGGGUGCGGCCGGAGAAAGGACCCGUGUCCGGCGGGACCAGGCUGACUAUCUCAGGCCGACAUCUGGACGCCGGGAGCGCCGUGACCGUGUUUUUGGCCCAGGAAGAGUGUCUGUUUGUCAGGAGAACGGUGCGUGAGAUAGUGUGUGUGACGCCACCCUCAGCAUCAGGUUCUGGUACUUCAUCCGUCAAGCUGUUCAUUGACAAGGCCGAAGUCACCAGCGUUACGCAUUACAUUUACACCGAAGAUCCAACCAUUUCCAGCGUGGAGCCCAACUGGAGCAUCAUUAAUGGCAGCACCACCCUCACGGUCACAGGAACCAAUCUGCUAACCAUUCAGGAACCCAAAGUCCGAGCCAAAUAUGGAGGAGUGGAGACCACAAACGUUUGUACGUUGGUGAAUGACUCUGUCAUGACGUGCUUGGCUCCGGGCAUCAUCUACACCAAACGCCAGGUUCCAGAUUGCGGAGUUCAUCCGGAUGAGUUCGGCUUCAUCCUGGACCAUGUGUCCGCCCUCCUCAUCCUCAAUGGAACUCCUUUCACAUACUAUCCAAACCCGACCUUCGACCCCCUUGGGAAUACUGGGAUUCUGGAGGUCAAACCAGGAUCGCCCAUCAUCUUGAAGGGCAAGAACCUCAUGCCUCCUGCUCCUGGCAACGCCCGCCUGAAUUACAGCGUGAUGAUUGGAGAAACGCCCUGUCUGUUAACAGUCUCUGAAUCUCAACUGCUCUGUGAUUCGCCGGAUCUGACCGGAGAACAGCGAGUGAUGAUCCUCGUGGGCGGCCUGGAAUAUUCUCCUGGAAUGCUUCACAUCUAUUCUGACAGCACUCUCACGCUGCCUGCCAUCAUCGGGAUCGGAGCCGGCGGCGGCGUCCUCCUCAUCGCCAUCAUCGCCGUGCUCAUCGCCUACAAGCGCAAGACGCGGGACGCCGACCGCACGCUCAAACGCCUACAGUUGCAGAUGGACAAUCUGGAGUCCCGUGUCGCGCUAGAGUGCAAGGAAGCAUUCGCUGAGCUGCAGACAGACAUCCAAGAGCUGACAAACGACAUGGACGGUGUGAAGAUCCCUUUCCUGGAGUAUCGUACCUACACCAUAAGAGUGAUGUUCCCUGGCAUCGAAGAACACCCGGUUCUAAAGGAGCUGGACUCUCCGGCUAAUGUGGAGAAGGCCCUGCGCUUGUUCAGUCAACUGCUGCACAACAAGAUGUUCCUGCUGAACUUCAUCCACACGCUGGAGGCUCAAAGGUCCUUCUCCAUGCGGGAUCGCGGCAAUGUGGCCUCCCUCCUCAUGGCGGCACUGCAGGGACGGAUGGAGUAUGCCACUGUGGUUCUCAAACAGCUUCUUGCUGACCUGAUCGAAAAGAACCUGGAGAACCGUAACCAUCCCAAACUACUGCUUAGACGAACUGAGUCUGUGGCUGAGAAGAUGCUCACUAACUGGUUCACGUUCCUCCUGCACCGCUUCCUCAAGGAGUGUGCUGGCGAGCCUCUGUUUAUGCUCUACUGUGCUAUAAAACAGCAGAUGGAAAAAGGUCCCAUAGACGCCAUCACAGGAGAGGCCAGAUACUCCCUGAGCGAAGACAAGCUCAUCCGACAGCAAAUCGACUACAAGCAGCUGACGCUCAUGUGUAUUCCUCCGGAGGGAGAGGCCGGUACAGAAAUCCCUGUUAAGGUGCUAAACUGUGACACGAUCACUCAGGUGAAGGACAAGCUGCUAGAUGCUGUUUACAAAGGCAUCCCGUACUCACAUCGCCCACAGGCCGACGACAUGGACCUGGAAUGGCGACAGGGUCGACUGACCAGAAUCAUCCUCCAGGAUGAAGACGUCACCACAAAGAUCGAGAGCGACUGGAAGAGAUUGAACACACUGGCGCACUACCAGGUGACAGAUGGGUCUUUGGUGGCCUUGGUUCAGAAGCAAGUAUCCGCUUACAACAUCGCCAACUCCUUCACGUUCACUCGCUCUCUCAGUCGAUACGAGAGCAUGCUGAGAACGGCAAGCAGUCCAGACAGCCUUCGCUCGCGGACGCCCAUGAUCACGCCAGACCUGGAGAGUGGCACCAAACUCUGGCACCUGGUGAAGAACCAUGAGCAUGCAGACCAGCGGGAGGGAGAUCGUGGGAGCAAGAUGGUGUCUGAGAUUUACCUCACACGCUUACUGGCUACCAAGGGCACACUGCAGAAGUUUGUGGACGAUCUUUUUGAGACUGUGUUCAGUACGGCCCAUCGCGGCAGCGCUCUCCCGCUGGCCAUCAAAUACAUGUUUGAUUUCCUGGAUGAGCAAGCAGACAAGAGACAGAUCACCGACCCGGACGUACGGCACACCUGGAAGAGCAACUGCCUUCCUCUGCGGUUUUGGGUCAACGUGAUCAAAAACCCUCAGUUUGUCUUUGACAUCCACAAGAACAGUAUUACAGACGCCUGUCUGUCAGUGGUGGCUCAGACCUUCAUGGACUCCUGCUCGACGUCUGAGCAUCGCCUGGGCAAAGACUCUCCGUCAAACAAGCUCCUCUAUGCUAAAGACAUCCCGAACUACAAGAGCUGGGUGGAGAGAUAUUACCGAGACAUCAGCAAGAUGCCAAGUAUCAGCGAUCAAGACAUGGAUGCCUAUCUAGUAGAGCAGUCCCGUCUCCAUGGCAACGAGUUCAACACACUGAGCGCGCUCAGUGAACUGUACUUCUACAUCAACAAGUACAAGGAAGAGAUUUUGACAGCCCUGGACAGAGACGGUUACUGUCGCAAACACAAGCUACGACACAAACUGGAACAAGCCAUUAACCUGAUGUCUGGCAGCAGCUGAGGGCGGUGACGGAUUGGACGGGACGGGAGGGGAAGCGUUCAGGGGGUUAGGGGGGAGGGUUGAGACUGAAUUGAUGGAGUCCGGCGGACCGACCCGUGUCAGAACAUCCACGGCUUGUGCUAGCAGAAGGUGAGGCUAAAACACUGGACAAUCAACUCUAAAGGAACCACAGCACAGCAUACGAAGCCCAAUGUUUUUCUGGACCAGAACCUGUACGCCCAAACGCCCGCACUCCCUAAUGCCCAGACCGAACGCCGUUCAUAUCGGCCUGCCUAACAAACUAUUCAACACGGACUACUGUGGAUCAGAUACAUUCCAAUGAGGAAAGGUGCACGUGCUAUUGCCUUGGAAGCCAAAUUGCCAAGAUAGUGCCAUGGAAGAAAAUAUCUGACUUUCUGGGAGAGAAAAGCAGCAACAUGUUUUAGUAAUGCAUUCGGCGAGUAAUCUGAAAACAGCUCUUCAUAUCGACCUCCGAGAGACGCCUCAAAAACAAUCACAAUCGUGCGACGAGCUCCAUUAACAGAAAUGAAGAUAUUUAUAUCGGAAUGAAUCAAUAAUGGAGACCAAAUGCAUUAUGGGUAGUGUUGAGGCUGGGCUGAAUGGGAGGAACCUUCUCCUCCUCGUCUCGAAAUUGCCAUAGACCUAUAAAAGCGCCUUUCUCUCGUUUUCGUUCUUUUUUUGUGAUUACGGGGCCAAAUGGACCUCUACUUGUCAAGAGGUAUGGAUCAGCAUCUUUUGAAGCUUGCCUUUUCGUUGCGUCCGGAUAUGACUCCCCGAACCCUUGCCGAAAUGUACCCCAGGAUGGGCAAUCGUCCCUUGGGGCAUUUCUGCUCCCUUUGCUUUUUUUGUAUACCGCUGUGUUACUGUGAGGUUUGGAGUGUUUACUCGGAUUCUGUGGUUCUUCUCUAAGACUGCGUUGGCGAGGGCCGAGUUUUGUCCCUUGAUGACAGGCAUCUUUAAUGUAGUAGAUCCAUCUAGAGCAAUAACUCUCAGAUUUACCUGCAAGCCAUGAGUUUAAGUUCCCUGUGUGUUCAGAUUCACCGUCCUGACUCUAAAUUUUCAACGUUAGCAGUUGGCGAGUCGCGCUCUUUUUCAUUUCCCUGUUGUUGUUCCGUCCAAAUGGCAGCCAAAACGUGUUCACAAUGCCAAGCACAACGAAGGGACGACUGUUCAACUCUGAUUGUUUUCUCGCCGUUUCAGCAGGCCAAUGCAAUUUUUGACACAGAAGUCCGCAGCUAGACAAAUCUCGUCCGUUAUUCAGUCGUCCCCCGUACAACCUUAUCAAGGUUCUUGCUUGAUCGAUUAUAACGAUUGUGUCGAUUCUGUCUGUAUACACAAACAACAAGGCCUUAAGUCAUUUCCUCUUCUCUUUAUCGGACUUUUCUCAUCUCCGUGACGGUGGCGGUGGCGUCGCCCUCUGCUGCCACGGAGGUGAACUGCAAACCGUUAUAUUCCAGGUACUCGAAUUGUGAUACGUCCGUGAAUUUCAAAGUACUCUCAGCUGUUUUCUGUUCCUUGCUGUAUGUGGUUCUGAGUUCUGCUCUGUCUAGUUGCGUAUCGAUUGUGUUUUUGUGUUGCGUAAAAUCACAGAGAAUGUACAGCAUGAAUAACUGAGCAUAUCUUGCAAAAAUCUUUGCCUCAUUAUACAUGUUCCAGUUUUAGACACAAAACACCUUCAGACGAUCACAGCCAGGACAACAGGGAGAACUAUUUGCUUUCAACAUCGUCUUUAAAAUGUAAAAAACCUACUUCACCAAGGUCAGUUCGAGCAAACAAACACCCAUCGUAAUGUGGGAUCAUUAAAACAGUAGGGAAAUCCAUCAGGGCCUUAUUAGUUGAGUUUGAAUGAAGAUAUUCAAUGACCAUCAAAGUGAAUCACUUACCUUUGAAUAUAUCUUACGUCGAUAGAUUUUGCCCUUUCUUACCCUGUGGUAUUGGAUUUGCUAAUAACUACUAAUCGUUAUUGCCUUAAUUUGGCUACAAAAGAACAACUUUUGGUUUAGUAGCCCUAGACCUCAUCCCGCAGGGUCAUGGUUUGAAUACUUGUGCAUUUCAACAGCAUAAUGUAUCUGGAUAUUUUAAGCUCUCAUUGAAUGUAAUUAAACCGGCCUUCAAAUUCGCCACAUGGAUUUGGAUGGGAUAACAAGAUUCCCCGUUCAUCAUCAAAAGCCAAAUUUUUGUUGUUGGAAUUGUGAAGGCAGGAUGUUUUGAACUAAAUGUGGGGCUCAUUAACAUAUGAAAAAGUUGCAGGAUGAUAAUUAAGCAGAAUCUUUUUGAACAUUGGUUUGUUUUUCUGUUGGGGGAAUGGGGUCAGCUCAUGAAUCUGGAUCCGUUAUGGCAUUUCAACCUCUUGCAACACGAUACAUCAGGAAUUACUGCCUGUUUGCCAAAGCUGCGUCGUCAGCAAUGCAGGUGCGAACCCAAUAUCCGACGUCUGGAGCAAACCACUUUGAGAAAUGAAACGCAAUCAUAAAUCUACGUUAAAAAAGCUGAAAACUAAACAUCAGUGGUUGGAAUUUUUUGAUUUAGCACCUCUUGGUUGAAACCACGCCGUCAGGUUUACAUCUGAUUUUCUAUACUGUGAGUAAAGCCAAACGUACUGUGGGGGAAGUGGACUUAGCUUGGUCGCGUACAUACUGCCUGUAAGAUAACUCUGACUAUCGUUAAGUGCAACUGCCCACCGGGGUGUUUUUAGGUAGACUGGUGAAGACAGAGCUAACACUAACGACGCCUCAGCCGAUAGCCAUAUAUCAGAAAUCGCCCGUUUCGUUUCGUACAGCAGAACUCAGAGCCAAAUGAGGCGCUUUGCGGUUUGUUUUCGUCGUGUGGUGAAACGGCAUACUCUUAAAAGCACCUGUAACUUGUGAGGAACGGAGCGGAGUGAGUGGAAAAAUAACUGUGGUGUUUUUUCAGUAGAUACAGUAGAAGAAAAUGUCUGUUUUAGAUCCAUAACUACAUUUCAGUCAAUGUUCUAGUUAUAAAAGAAGAAGAAAAAGAAAAAACAUGUUGUCUCAGAUGAAUUAAUUCUAAUUUAUU